AUGAGUCAAGAAGAUAUUCUUCAAUCAACAAAAAUCGUUAUUCAAGGACUUGAAGCCUUAAAAAAUGAACAUGGAAAAAUGCUUGAAAAUAUUCUUGAAUCAAUGCAAUCAUCAUCAAUAGAUACGAAUAAAAUUGAAGAGAAGGCUGGUUUAUUAAGAAAAUCUAUGGAUAUGAUUGAAUUAGGUAUCGGUGAAGCUCAAGUUAUGAUGCAAUUAGGAAAUCAUCUUCAAAAUCUUGAAGCCGAAAAACAUAAAUUACGUUCACAAGUAAAACGUUUAUGUCAAGAAAAUGCUUGGUUAAGAGAUGAAUUAGCAGCAUCACAAAAAAAAUUACAUGAUUGUGAACAAUUAAAUGCUGGAUAUUCUGUUGAACUUGAACAUUUGAAAUUUCUCAAAGAUGUUAAACAAUAUGAUUUAAAUGACAAUAAUUCAACACGAGAUAAAAAUUCAUCACCAACAAAUGUAACAUCUUCAGGACAAACAACAGAUCUUGUUAAUGAUUUAUUUCCAAAUGACGAUGAAGUUUAUAUGGAUCAACAAGAUACAACUGGAGGUAAUCAAUCAAGACGGUUUGAUUCUUAUGCUGAUUUAAUCAUGACACCAUCACAAUCAGCUAGUGGUUCAUUUAUUUCAUCAACUGGUUAUGAAAUACCAGCGAGAUUAAAAACUUUACAUAAUUUAGUUAUUCAAUAUGCAUCACAAGGUCGAUAUGAAGUUGCUGUACCAUUAUGUCGACAAGCACUUGAAGAUUUAGAAAAAACAUCCGGUCAUCAACAUCCUGAUGUUGCUACAAUGCUGAAUAUUCUUGCACUUGUUUAUCGUGAUCAAUCAAAAUUCAAAGAAGCUGCUGCUUUACUUAAUGAUGCAUUAGCUAUUCGAGAAAAGACACUUGGACCUGAUCAUCCAGCUGUGGCAGCUACAUUAAAUAAUCUAGCUGUUCUUUAUGGUAAACGAAAUAAAUUUAAAGAAGCUGAAGUUUUAUGUAAACGUGCAUUAGAAAUUCGUGAAAAAUGUCUUGGUCCAUUACAUCCCGAUGUUGCUAAACAACUUAAUAAUCUUGCAUUACUUUGUCAAAAUCAAGGAAAAUAUGAUGAAGUUGAAUCAUAUUAUAAACGUGCUAUUGAGAUAUAUACAAAAACUUUAGGUAUUGAUGAUCCAAAUGUAGCUAAAACAAAAAAUAAUCUUGCGUCAGCAUAUCUUAAACAACAAAAAUAUAAAGAAGCUGAAAUAAUUUAUAAAGAUGUUUUAACACGAGCACAAGAAAAAGAAAUUUCAAGUAAAUCUUCAUCUCGUACUCAACAACAAGAAACUCAAAGUGGAAUAACAAAUGAAAAUUAUGAUGCACAAGGUGGAUGGUAUAAAACAAUAUUAGCUGAUCAACCAACAGUAACAACAACAUUAAAAAAUCUUAGUUUAUUAUAUCGACGUCAAGGAAAAUAUGAAGCUGCUGAAGCAUUAGAAAAUUGUGCAACUAAAGCACGAAAAGAUCCACAAGUUAUUCUUCAAGCACUCAAUAUUGUUAAACAAACUAAUUUAAAUACUCAACAGCAAAUACCGCCAUCGUCAUCAUCUAUAUCCUGA